UUUGACGUUCACCGUUGUAAACAAAUGCAAAACAUCUGAUAAUAAUGCAAAAUGUGUUUAUUCUUUUAAAAACAAAUACAUAACAUACACAAAUACUUCGUUUGGCAUCAAAAAGCGUGGAAUAUUUGAAUUGUUUUAAAAAAAUGGAUGUAGUUGAAAAUGAGGAUCCAUUUGCUAUUGCGCAAAACAAAAAAACAGACCCAAUAGACAAUGAAGAUCCAUUUUCUUUGGCACACAUGCCCACAGACUCUUUUGAAGUUACCAUAGAAGAUAUCAAUCGCUUGGAUGAAGAUGAUUCGCUGGACGAAAUUGAUGGAGUUGAAGAUGACUUGACCAUAUUGGAAAUCGCCAUGGCGAAAGCAAUUGAAAAUGUAAAUCCUGCUAUCUUCAUGCAUCUACUAUGUCCACGUUGUGGAGAAACAUUUCAUUCAUCUGCACAUUGGCAACAACACUUGCAUAAUGUGCACUAUUUUAACAAUUUAAAAAUGUUACCCGGCACUGUUAACGAAGACGAGAAAACUUAUCGUUGCCGAAAGUGUCCGACCGAGUUUAAUUAUAUUGAAUAUCGUAAAAUUCUACAUCACAGCCUUUCUCAUAUGUCUUUUAAUGCAUACUACAAAUGCAGCUUGUGUGAUCAUUUGGAGUGUACGUGCACGGAAAUGAUCAAACAUAUAAAAAGACACAUGGAAGUACAUAUGCUGAAAGCAAAAAUUAAUGGCAAACUUGUAAGAAGCAAACGUUUUUCACUAAGUGAAGGCAUUGAUUAUGAAAAAUUUCUGGUUUAUAUGUGUCCGCAAUGCCAGAUAAAUUUUAGAAAACAUGAAACUUGGUUGCAACAUAUUAACGACAAGCAUGCGCUCUUUGCGGAAGAAAAACUCAAAUUUAAAGCUAUAGAAAUGGACGAGUUAGUCGAAAAGAGCACGCAUUUAAUUACCACAUGCGAAACAUGUGGCAUCAUGUUAACAGCCGACAACUUGGAACAAUGCCAGCGCAAACAUUAUCUAACGCACCUACGAAAUAGAUCUUUUCGUUGUGCAAUAUGCAAUUUGCACUUCAAUUACAACAAUGAGAUUAAGAUGCAUAUGUUAUUAAUGCACUGCAAAAAUGCAACGACUUACGACGAAGCCAUAUUGCCCGGUAAUUUGCGUCCCAGAAACGCAAAAUUUGACAUGAAUAUUAAGUUCCUGCCCGAUAAAACGGCAAAAUACCUGCAGCACAUAGAAUUCAGUUGUCCCAUUUGUGGCGUUAAGUUUGAACAUCCUGAUAAUUGGUGUUCACACAUUAAUGAGAAUCAUGAUUUCUUCAAAGCGCCUUAUAUGGCAUUGAUUAUAACCAAUUUCGGUGCGGCAGCCAACGCAACCAGGGCCUGCAAGAAAAGACGCCUACAACCCUAUUGUGUUAUUUGUGAUCGAGUGUUAGAUGGCUGCAAAAGCUAUCUACAUUUGUGGGUUGAACAAUUACGCCAUGCUCCGUUUAGACCAUACAAGUGCAGCAUUUGCAUGGAACAAUUUUACUCAAUACGCACAUUGAUGAAACAUUUUCGAAUAUUGCAUACCAAUUUAGAUGGUAGUGUUAACACAGCAGCAAAGCAGCGUAGAAUUCACAAUAAGGAAACAUAAUUAAGUGAAAAAUAAAAUGUAAUUUAUUUAAACAGCUAAUAACAAAUAUUCAAUUCAGCGAUACAUGUUUUGUUUACAUUCGAUAAGAGCUCUCAUAAACAAAUUAACAUUGGAGUGUUCCUUCAUUCACAAUAGUAUAUCAAUGUAUGUAAACGAAUAUUUUUUGAACUUUCGUGUAAUUACUCACGCUGAUUAAUUAUUUCAAGAAGAAGAAUAGAUAAAAAAAUCGCUGAAAUAACAGAAUCUACUUUGUAAUUGAUAACAAGCUUCGCUACGAAUUUUUUAACCGAAUUUUUACAUAUAAAUAAAUCAUUAUGUCAAACAAAAAGCAACAGCCCGCAUUUCAAGGAAAGGAAUGUUUCAGUCGUAUGAAUUUUCUCUUCCAAGCAUCAAUGCUUAUGGCUGGCAAGAACAACACGUUAUCUGCCUACUACGGCGAACUAUGUCGGAGUAUUGCAAAGAAAGCUGUGCUUAAAAUUGAUCCAAACAUAAAGCGGCAAAUGUGUAAACGUUGUUCACUGGCACUAAAACCAGGCAUAACCGCUGACUUGCAUGCUGUAACGCGACGGAAGAGGCGACAGUCUUUAAAAAAUAGUGAUAAUGUGGAUGAAAACACAAGCAUGCUAUUGACGUGCCGUCAAUGCGGUUUUAGACGUCAGUUCAUAGUCAAUCCAAACUACAAUUUUUGGCUGGACAAUGAGGAAUCUGUGGUGGAAUCUAUUACUCUAGGGAACAAAAAACCCGAAAACAAACAAAAGCGGUCACCAGUUAUAGAUAAGGAAACAAAAGAAACCACUACAAAAGAGAAAUAAUUUUACUAUACAAAAAAAUUUAACAUUCCACAUUGUGCAUUUACAUAUAGUUGAGUUGAAUUAAGUGUAAAAUAUGCAACUUAACUCCACGUCAGCCCACGCGCCUGAUCUGUUUUCAUCGUGUAAUCAACAAAUGCUGACUUAUCACAAUGGCACUGCCAGGGCCAGUCAGAAUUCGAUAAGGGCACAACGUGCCCAACAAGUUGUCCUCUCAUUCAUUCGCGAAUAAGCAAGCAACUGAUUAAGAUGUUCGCUAGGCAAUUAAACAAUUAUUUUUUUCACAAAUUGCCGAUCUCGCGCUAUUAUCCGACAUAUAAGCGCCUACUUAGCGCUUCUUUAACAGAGGGAAAUGUAGUUGUCGUGCAGCAGCCGAAUGGUGGCGAACCGCUACAGUUUCCCAGCAUUUGGCUACGCGAUAACUGUCAAUGCAGUGCCUGUUUUCAUGAUAAUACGAAGAGCCGACAAAUCAAUUGGAAGCGUGCUAGUGUGGACUCACGUAUUCGAAGCAUAAAUGGCGGCUAUGAAGAGAAUGCGUUAACAAUAGAUUGGCAGGACAAUCAUAAGUCCACUUUUACUUUAGCUUGGCUAAAAGAUAGAGACUUUGCGCCAACUAAUCGCAAGCGCUACAUUGAAUCGGUUUAUAAGCCGACAUAUCAGUUGUGGUCAAAAUCUGAAUUCUCAAACGUAUUGCGUACUUUCGAAUUUAAGGAUGUAAUGGCGCAGGACAAAGUACUUUUGGAUUGGCUGGAAUCGCUGGCAAUACGAGGGUUUUCUAUAAUAAAAAAUUCACCACAUGACAAUACUGUGGCUAGGCAAUUGGCUGAUCGUAUUGGCUACAUAAAACGCACUACUUAUGGUGAAGAAUUUGAAGUAAAGUCCAAAGACAAUGCACAUAACUACGCCUAUAUGAUGACGCCACUGCCGCUACACACGGAUAUGCCAUAUUAUGAAUAUAAGGCAGGCAUAAAUAUAUUGCACUGUUAUGUGCAAUCGCAAUCACCGGGAGGUAGUAAUCUGAUGACAGACGGAUUUUAUAUCGCCGAAAAACUACGCAAAGAAUUCCCAAAAUUAUUUGGAAUAUUAGUAAAGACGCCAGUUGACUGGUAUGACAUUGGGAAGGAUGGCGGUAUGUCAUUCCAUAAUAUAUGGCGCGCACCAACGAUUUGUCUGGACGUUGAUGGGCGUUACCAUCGUAUAAAUGAGAAUAGCAAUAAACGAGAUAGUCAUUUCACCGUGCCUCUGGAGCAGGUAGCACCAUGGUACGAAGCUUAUGAUAAAUUCAUUGAAUUGGCAUAUGCCGAAGCUGUCGAUUUCAAAACUACGCCCGGUGACGUUUUUGUCUUUAACAACUUGCGUAUGCUGCAUGGACGCACUGCGUAUGAAGAUUCGCCCGCUAACAAAAGGCUUUUGAUCGGUGCAUAUGUUGACUGGGAUAUAAUUUAUUCAAAAAUACGUAUUAUUAGGUCCCAAAUUGCUGGUAACUGUUAAAAUGUUAAUAAAAUAAAUGCCUGCAAGUUAAUGAAUGAAAGUA